UGUGCCCACUAGAGAACUUACUGCCAAUUGUUGUCCUAAUGAAUCAUUGCCAUCGUCUCCCUAAACAAUUUCUUACCACCGUUAAAUGGGCACACCCCAUUUUUUCCAACAGAAAAUUGGUUCUUCUUGGGUCUCGCUCUCUAUCUAACCAUGCCAACUUCAAGCCCCCAGUUCUAGUUUCAGCUGAUGGGAAUGCGUUAGAAGUGGAUAAAGUUAGUGUCUUGAAGCAGAAAAUGGAGCAUCAUGGAAUUAACUAUGACUUCUCUUGUGUGCCUGGAAAAUUCAGUCUCUUGCUUUGUCCUCAGUGCAAAGGUGGAAAAUCAAUGGAAAGGAGUUUGUCUUUACAUAUUAUCCAAGACGCGGAAUUUGCCAUGUGGAGGUGUUACCGUACUUCUUGUGGAUGGGCAGGACAGGCAUUUGCAGAUGACAGAUUGACUAUUGAAGGGAUGAAUAUAAUUUUCAAAGUCAGGUCUUCUGGACCAAUGACACCAGAGGGCAUAGUACUAGAACCACUGUGUGAGAAGCUAAUUGCAUAUUUCAGCGACAGAAGAAUAUCUAAGGAAACCCUUCAGAGAAAUUAUGUCAUGCAGAUGGCUGGUGAUCAGGACAUCAUUGCUUUUACUUACAGACGAAAUGGAGUUCUUGUUGGGUGCAAGUUCCGGACCACAGAGAAAAGAUUUUGGCAGGAGAAAGGCACGGCCAAAUGGUUAUAUGGCAUUGACGACAUUUGUGAUGCCUCUGAAAUUAUAAUUGUUGAAGGGGAAAUAGAUAAGCUUUCACUGGAGGAAGCUGGCUUCUGUAAUUGUGUAAGCGUUCCUGGCGGUGCACCUCAAGCUGUUUCCACUAAAGAACUGCCACCGUCAGAAAAUGAUAAAGCAUAUCAGUAUCUGUGGAACUGCAAAGAUUACUUGGAUAAGGUUUCUCGCAUUAUUCUGGCAACUGACGGGGAUGUGUCUGGGCGAGCCUUGGCUGAAGAAUUAGCUCGCCGGCUCGGAAAAGAAAGAUGCUGGAUUGUACGAUGGCCGAAGAAAGAUCACUCCCACUACUUCAAAGAUGCAAAUGAGGUUCUGGAGUGUUUAGGACCAACUGCUCUCAAGGAAGUAAUUGAAACUGCAGAAUUGUACCAAUCUCAUAUAAUGAAUCAGGCAGUAUGAAUUUUGUGGUUCAGAUGAAAGAUUCUAACAUAAAAACUGUACACAAAUUUUGGUCCAAAACUACAAGUAUCUGAAAAUUUUGGAGCCCGAGUGUGAGGCUGGCACUGCAUGAAUCAGCCAUUGUAAUUUUUCAUUAGGAAUGUUUGGCUAAUUUGUAUUAUCAACACAAUGAAAUUAUGGCUAUUGAUGUCUUUUUUUGUUCUUUUA